CGAAACUCAGAACACCCAACGUACUACCAACGCAUAUCAUUUUUCUCUCUAUCUAAAAAUGGAAGGAGUGACAGUAAAGGAAGAAGAGGUGACAGUGAUAUCCUACACCGCCGCGCCGGGCUCGUCGUCCUCAUCACCCUUAUCGUCGUCGCCGCUGCCAAUAGAGGGGAUUCACGAAGUGGGUCCGCCUCCGUUCCUGACCAAGACGUUCGACAUGGUGGAAGACCCGUCCACCGAUGCGGUGGUGUCGUGGAGCAGAGCCAGGAACAGCUUCGUCGUCUGGGACUCUCAUCGGCUUUCCACCACUCUGCUCCCUAGGUACUUCAAGCACAGCAACUUCUCCAGCUUCGUUCGCCAGCUCAACACAUAUGGUUUCAGGAAAGUUGACCCAGACAGGUGGGAAUUCGCAAAUGAAGGCUUUUUGGGAGGGCAGAAACACCUCCUGAAAACCAUCAAAAGGAGAAGAAAUCCCUCACAAAACAUGCAACAAGAAGGAGGCGGGCCGGUUUGUGUGGAAUUAGGUCAAUAUGGAUUGGAAGAAGAGCUUGAAACACUAAGGAAGGAUCGAAAUGUACUGAUGUCAGAAAUCAUAAAGCUCAGACAGCACCAGCAGAAUUCAAGGGACAAGGUAAUUGCAAUGGAGGAACGAAUUCGAAGCACGGAGAGGAAGCAGCAACAGAUAAUGAGCUUCCUCGCGAAAGCCCUACAUAGUCCUUCCUUUGUCCAGCAAUAUUUGGAUAAGUACGCGGAGAGAAGAGAGCAACAAGGAAUUGAGAUCCCACGAAAGAGGAGACUAACAAUGAGCCCAAGUGUGGAAAGUCUUUUUACAAACCAGGAGGAAGAGUUGGGAAAUAUUGAGCUAGAGAUAGAGAUGGAAACGUUGUUUUCGGCUGCGUUGGACAAGGACUCAAGUAGUGAAAUUGUGAACCUGAACAUCGAAACUAUCCCAAUAACUAGUGGUACCGGUUUGGAUUAUGGUGGUAAGAUCAUAUGGGAAGAUUUUCUUGCUGAAGAUGUUUUAGGUGGAAAUGAGGAGGGGGAAGUUUUGGUGGGUGAUCAAUCAGAAGUUGAUGUGGAAGUAGAGGAUUUGGCAGCGGAGCCUCUUGAUUGGGGCGAGGAUUUUCAGGACCUUGUUGAUCAGAUGGGAUUUCUCAGGUCAAUUCCCUGAUUGACUUGUUAUGCUCAGAUGAGAUGAAAGGAAAUGGUUUUUGUGGCUUUGUGUGCUGAAUUGGCCUUUGCAACUCCACCGCUUAUCCUCUGGUGGGUAUGGUUUCGCUUUUUGUUGUGUGCGUUUUGCUUGGUGUGGGGCUAAUAAAGUGUUUGUUUCUUGUAUUCCAGGGGAUUGGUGAGAGUUGCCAGGAGGCCAAGAACUAAUAAACUGUUCUUCUGUAUCCUUCAAUGAAAUGAUAAUUAGUUAUCGCUUUAGCAAAA